CCCCAAUUUCUCCGUGUCUCAAAAAUCUCUUCUCAAACCCUAAUUUUCAUUUCUCCAUUUCCAAUUCGCGAUUUCCCAAUGAUCGGAACUCUUGCAUUCCCCAGCGCAAUCUCCCUCCGGCCGUCGUCAGAUUGCCUAUCAACGCCUAAUAAUCGUAAAAUGUCCUGUCAAUCGUCAAUUCACACUUUCGCCGAUACAAUUCCCGUCACCGCCGAAUCGAGGAAGCCGUCGAGUCUCUACGAUGUUCUAAAAGUGAAUCGAAGUGCAUCGCCGAUUGAAAUCAAAUACGCGUAUCGUACGUUAGCAAAGGUUUAUCAUCCAGACGCAUCGGAAUCGGUUGCGGAUGGGCGUAAUUUCAUCGAGAUUCGUAACGCGUAUACUACACUAUCGGAUCCGACGGCAAGAGAAAUGUAUGAUAUGUCUUUGAGUAUUGGAUCUGGACGACGAUAUUCAUCGGUAACGCAAUCGAGAUAUAAAACUAGUAGAAGAUGGGAAACAGAUCAAUGCUGGUAGGAAUGAUGAUUUCGAUUUGAUAACUAAAUUUUCAAUACAUCUGCCACAAUCAAUCGUAGUAGUAGUGAAGUGCAGAUCUUUUGUACAUAAAUUGAUCCUUUUGAAUGAUAAUAUAUCUUCUUUUUCUUCUUCUUCUAGUUUCAA